CGCUUCGGCAAUUUAGCCGUUCGAAGAAUCGCGAUGCAACCGAUAGAAAGUUGAUAUUCUAUGGCCACAGUUUUUUGUGCGACCGCACGUCGGAGUUCCCUCGGAAUUUGCGAUGAAUCGGUCUACACCGAUCGGGGGAAAUGAAAUUUGAUAUUUUGUCGGCGAACCUCGAAUCCUCGAAUUCGAUCGAUUAGAAAAUAAAAUCGGAGGUUGUCGUUUUCCUGUACGAAGACCAGCGAGAUGGGAUCUCGUUCGAACUUGUCGAGAUUGGCCCGCGCGACGAGACUCGCUUGGAGUCGACGGGAUAGUUGGCGAACUACGGAACCGAAUUACAGGCGUAGAAUGGAAUACGUGGACGCGAUUCGACUUCGGCACGCCACCGCGAUGAGACAGAUCGGCUGCGAGGGCUCGAAGCGCGUCGUCGAAGCUGUUUUGAUACUCUCUUACGAGUCCGAGCGACGCACCUUGAUCCACGAGAACGACUCGGUCGCGACAGGAACGGCCGAGGACCGGGAAAAUUUCUUGACCGGAAUUCGGAACGCCGUUUCGAUCGCGGCAAGAGCGUUCGUGAUCGGAUCCGUCGCCGUUGGACUAGCUGUCGCUUAUUUGGUCACGCGUGUCACUUGUAGACACGCUUUCCCGACCAUUCUUCUGAAAAGUAUAGAAUUCCUCGGGCCAAUUUUCAUAAAGUUUGGCCAGUGGGCAUCCACGCGAAAAGAUUUGUUUCCCGAAGACAUUUGCGGCACGCUCGCGCAGUUGCAGCACGCCGUUUCGCCGCAUUCUUGGUUUUACACGAAGCAGUUGCUGAAGUCGAUUUACGGGCCGAACUGGAACGAGAUAUUCGUCAGGUUCGAGAGCAAGGUGCCGAUCGGAUCCGGAUGUUGCGCUCAGGUGUACAAGGCGUGGGUAGAUUCGAACGCUCGCGUCGAAUCGGUGCGAAACCCUCGAGUACCAACGUUCGUCCAAAUUGUCGAACAUUUGAAACUGGGAUCGUUGCUCGCGUUGAUCGACGGGGCGACGUACGAGGAGGUCGAUAAAGAAGAUGCGAUUCGGCGGAGGAGAUUACAGCCGGUCGCGGUUAAAGUUCUACAUCCCGGAAUUAAAGAUCAAUUGAGAAGGGAUCUCUGCAUCAUGAGAGGAGUCUGCAAAUACGCGACGUACAUCGUGCCCGAUUUCUAUUGGCUCAGCCUGACCGAUUGCAUCGACGAGUUCUCGUACACGAUGGAAAACCAAGUCGACAUGAAUCGGGAAGCCAGGAACCUGAUGAAAUUUUCGGCAAACUUCUCCGACAAGAAGGACGUCGUUUUCCCACGAGCUUACGCGAAUUUCACGCGACGAGACGUGCUCGUGGAGAGUUUCCACGAGGGCUCCUCCAUCUCGGAUUACCUCGAGAACGAAGACGUCGAGCUGCAAGAGAAGUUGGCGAGGAUAGGAAUGAAAACGAUCCUGAAAAUGGUGUUCAGGGACAAUUUUAUACAUUGCGACUUGCAUCCUGGCAACAUCUUGGUCGAAGCGGAUCCCGAGUCGACCGGAGGAACGCUGUCCUGGCUGCGGAGGUUCAUCGAUCGCGAUCACCGGACGAUCGAUCCGCGCUUGAUCAUCCUCGAUUGCGGUUUGGUGGUGUCGUUGAACGCUCGAUGUCAGCGAAAUCUCAGAGACGUGUUUCGCUCGGUAUUGCUGGGCAAUGGUGAACUGGCGGCGGAGUACAUUCUCGAACACAGCUCGCAAGCGUGUCCCGACCCGGACGGUUUUAAAACGACGUUGAGGAGGAUCGUCGACACUCAUCUGAGCAGCAAAGCGAACGUGAACGUGAACACGGUCAUGAGCGAAUUAUUUUCAGCGAUGAUUCGGCACGGCGUGAAGCAGGACGGAUCGUUCAGCACCGUGAUCCUGAGCUUGGCGAUGAUCGAAAGCAUCGGACGCAGCCUGUAUCCGGACAUGGACGUCUUCGCGGAAGUUCUACCGUUCGUUUUCACCGGCGUUCCCAUGUACGACGAAUCGGAGUCGGAGCAACGGAAUAACGUCGUCGCAGCGUUCCUAGAUGUUCCUUUCGAUCGCCUGGUUCGAGGCGUUCGCCGCGACGCUUCUGGCCGUUCUGAUCCUCGCGACCGGCUAUCGGCCCGCUUGGUGGUUCCGGACCGGAGCGUUUCACAGGAAAAAUGCUCCGACCGAGGAGGAGCCCGAGGGAAGCGAGGGAGGCGAUGGAAGCUGCAAGACGGUGUCCGACGUGCCGGGCCCGUACCCGCUGCCGAUCUUCGGCACCAGAUGGAUAUUCUCGUGGUUCGGUAGCUAUCGGUUGAACAAGAUCCACGAGGCUUACAAAGAUCUGCAUCGACGUUACGGGCCGCUGUGCAAGGAAGAGGGACUGUGGAACUUCCCGGUGAUCUCGGUGUUCUCCCGCCCCGACAUCGAAGCC